AAAAAAGUAGUUCUACAUUAUGUUUGAUUUAACAGGUUCUCCCAGACGCGUCAGAUUCUACAGAUGGAGGAAGAUGUAGAUCUUGAGAUGCUGCGGGAGAGAGAGGAUGCCAUUAAACAGUUGGAGAGUGAUAUCACAGACGUGAAUCAGAUCUUUAAAGAUUUGGGAAUGCUUGUUCAUGAACAAGGAGAGAUGCUAGAUAGUAUAGAAGCUAACGUGGAGACCACAGCUACUCAUGUGGAAGAAGGGAGAAAACAAUUGUCACAGGCCCAGACCUAUCAGUCAAAAGCACGCAGAAAAAAAUGUAUAUGUGUUGUCAUCCUUGUCGUAGUAUUAGCUGUCAUCGUUAUCAUCAUCGCUGCAACGCUGGGCGCUAAAAAUAACUAGAAGAAAUCUCGCAGGAAAACUCUGUAUAUUGUGGUUGUCUUGGUGAUUAUCAUCAUUGCUGUGUCGCUGAUUAUCUACGCCAUUGCCAGCUAGACUGUUACCAUGGUAUCAGUGAAAUAGCAUCCAUUAAUGGCCAACUCGUACCAGGCUUGUCACACAGUCAUGUAUUUCAAUAUGUCUUCUCUGAUGGACAUAUUGACAACUUUAUUUAUUAUUAUGAUUUACUUCUGUUUUCUGCUUAAUUUAUAUAGAAUUAUUAGAUAUAACAAGGAAAGAUUUUUAAAAUAAUUCUAAAUUCCUUGUGUUUUGAGAUAAAAAUGUGGUAGAUCAUAUGUCUAUAAACAUUCCUGUAAAUGAAUGUUAGAGGAGAAAUCCUGUUACUGUAUAUUGUAAAUUGGAUGAAAAGAAAGAAGUUUUGUGUUUUGUUUUACUUAGUUGGCAAUAUUUCUCUCCUGAGAGAGAGAGAGAGAGAGAGAGAGAGAGAGAGAGAGAGAGAAAUUCAUUUGAUCAUAUCAUUAUUGAUAACUUGUUUAUUUAUGAGCUAUUAUCCACUGAAUUGUAAACAGAAUUAUCUUGUUCACACCCAGUAUGUGACUAAGGUCAUUAUAGCUCUUUAUGUACUCCUGCUGUCAAAACUGUUACCAACUCAGAGCAUUAGCUUUCUGUGAAUGGUAGCAAGUUAAUACAGAAAUUCAGUUAGAAAUUACAUAAUGAGUAAUUAUUUCAUGAAUUAUUUUGUAGAAUAUAUUAUUUUAUUUUUUUGUUGAGUUUUGAACCAGGUGAGUGUUACAGGCUAUGAACCUCUGCCCAUUAUUUCUCUGUUAUCAUUAUUAUGUAUGUUGUCCUAUAGAUCACAAUAAAGUAAAGUAAAACACAG